AUGCGGGAUCAAUCAUCUCAAAAAGUUCAGGAAUCAGCAGAUUCUUCGAAUUUAAAAAGCAGAAAUUAUUUUUUGAAUCAACCUAUAUCUUCAAAAAAAGUUCGAAACACUAAAAAUCUUUCUUUAAAAAAUAUUAAUAACACAAAUCAACAUAUUAAAGAGAUUUCUACUGUUGUAUCGCCAUUAUCAAAACAGUAUUUAGUUAAACAAAAAAAUGAAAGCUUUACAUCCACUAAUAACCAUACAUUACUAAACAUAAUUUUCAAAAACAAAAUUUAUUCUCAGAAUACACAAAUGUUAUUUGAAAACGAUUACAACUGUAGAAAAAAAUCAAAUACUUAUGAUAAUAAACCAGUUUGUAUAAUUGAACCAAAUCUUUGGCUUUUUGCAGAACCAGAAACUCAUAUUGCUGAAAAAUUUAAUGUUGUAAUUAAUGUCGCAAAAGAAGUAAAAAAUCCAUUUUUAUCUCAAAUAUCUUUAGAUGAGAGCUCAUCAAAAAAAAUAGAAAACAUAUCUAAUGAAAAAUUUUUUCAAAAAAAUCUUUUACCUAUAGAAAGUUCAAUUCUUCCACCUAUUAUAAUUAACAAAAUAGAAUAUCUUCAUGUAUUAUGGGAUCAUAAUACUAGUACAUUAUCUAUUGAUUUACCCCCUCUUAUAGACUACAUAACUAAAAAAUCUAUACAAGAAAACAAAAAAGUUUUAAUUCAUUGUCAGUGCGGAAUUUCACGAUCAGCAUCUUUAAUAAUUGCUUACGUUAUGAAAUCUCUUGGUUUAAAUAUCGAUUCAGCUUAUUCAUAUGUUAAAAACAAAUCUCCUUGGAUUGGGCCUAAUAUGUCUUUAAUAUAUCAACUUUAUGAUUUCAACAAUUUUCUUUACGGAAAAAAAUCACCCGAUAAUAAAAAACAAACUAGUCCUAACAUUGAAAUCUCAGCACCAAAUAACUAUCGCAAAGCAAUUCUAAAUAAACAAAAAAGCAUGGAUGCUCUAAAAACACUAGGAUCUCUGAAUAGUGAAUUUAAAGAAUAA